UCUCACCGCAUACUGAUACUGAUAUGCCCGUUUGGGAGCAAAACGGCUGCACGCAAUUAAGAAUGACCUGAUGUUGGGGACACCACUUUGGAAGGUCGACAAGGUGGUUCAGAAUUCAAGGCAAUAUUCACGUCUGCCAAACUCUUGGGAGCAAAUAUAAAAAGGCGACUGGUGUCGCAGAUUGUCUGCUCUCCAGCCAGCAGAGUUCAGCGCUACAGCGACUAAGCAGCCAACACAUCCACUUUUUCAGUCUUCCAUCUAUCCUUAAUUCAUACCUUCGACUAUUUCAACAUGCACGUUUCACUCCUCCUAGCCCUUUUGCCCUAUGCCCUCGCGGCACCAGUCAUCACCCCUAGGGGCUCUACUAUCAUUCCAGGCAAGUACAUUGUCAAGAUGAAGGCGGGUGCUUCAAAGGCCAGCCUGGAAGAGGCCAAGGCACUGCUCGCCCACUCUCCUGAUCACGAGUAUGGUUUUGGAAGCUUUAGCGGAUUUGCUGGCAAGAUCUCCGAUGCUACUGUUGCCAACCUUCAGAAGCUGGAUGCGGUCGAAUAUAUCCAAAAGGACGCCCAAGUCCAUACACAAGACUACCUCACCGAGGAUGGCGCUCCUUGGGGUCUGGGACGCAUCUCCCACCUCGCGAACGGAAACUCAUCAUAUGUAUAUGACAGGACUGCUGGUGAAGGAACUUGCGCCUACAUCAUUGACACCGGCAUCUACACUGCUCAUCCUGAAUUCGAAGGCCGUGCUACGUGGCUUGGCAACUUCGCAGGUGACGGUCAGGACUCUGAUGGUGCUGGUCAUGGCACCCACGUCGCUGGGACCAUUGGUUCCAAGACUUACGGUGUCGCCAAAAAGACGAAGUUGUAUGCUGUGAAGGUCUUGGACUCUUCUGGCUCUGGUACUUACGCUGGCGUUAUCGCGGGUAUCAACUUUGCUGCGAAUGAUCAGAAGACUCGCGAUUGCCCUAAGGGCUCCGUCGCAAACAUGAGCUUGGGCGGUGGAAAGAACACUGCGGUCAAUCAAGCUGUCGCUGCAGCCGUUUCAGCCGGUCUUUUCAUGGCCGUCGCUGCAGGCAACGACUACGGCGAUGCCAAGAACUACUCUCCAGCGUCUGAGCCCACGGCCUGCACCGUCGGCGCUACCGAUAACACCGAUACUAAGGCCUCAUUUUCUAACACCGGUACUCUGGUCGACAUAUUUGCCCCAGGCGUCCAAGUCCUCAGCACCUGGAACGAUGGCAAAACCAACUCUAUCUCCGGGACCUCGAUGGCGACACCCCAUGUCGCUGGCCUUGCCGCCUAUCUGCUCAGCUAUGAGAAUCUCCAGACUUCCCAGCUUUGCAGUCGUAUUGCUGCCUUGAGCCAGAAGAGCAAGAUUUCAGGCAUCCCGAGCGGUACUGUCAACUACCUUGCUUAUAACGGCGCUGCUUGAGCAUACACUACCGUAAACUUGAAUCCAAGGCAGGCUUGUGGAGUUGAAGGAAAGGGUUGGGGUUGGUGUGGUCGUAGAGACUGGCU